GCGUGAACUUGACGCAAAUGCGAAGUUCACGUGCAACUGGUGCGCACAAGCCGGUCCGCGCGAGCUCCGAAGCUUCACCGUGAUCUGCUGGAAUAUAGUACAAUGUAAUGUCCAAUUCAAAACGUCUUUGACUCGGUUCUCGGCUGGAAGUGAUGCUCCAGAAGCGGUUCGCACCGUGGCUCUUCCGUGAGCGCAGUUAAAAGCGGUUGUUUGGCGUUGUCGCGCGCGCCGGUGCCGUAUGCACGCGCGGAUGGGCGCCGAAAUGCUGGAGCGCAACGCGUCUCGGGAGCGGAUGGACUUCAGCUCCAACACCUCGGCUCACAUGGGCAUGGAGCAGGCAUUCGGCGCGCCGGUGCUGGUGCUGCUGGCCGCCGUCAUGCUGCUGCUCAUCGGCGUGAUCGUGCUGGGAAACGCGCUCGUUAUCCUCGCCUUCAAAACCGACCGGAGCCUGAGGAGGCAGAGCAACUACUUCCUCCUAAAUCUGGCCAUCUCAGACUUCCUAGUCGGGGCCUUUUGUAUUCCAGUUUAUUUGCCCUACAUCCUGACAGGCAAAUGGAUGCUGGGCCGAGGGCUGUGUAAGCUCUGGCUGGUGAUGGACUAUCUCCUCUGCACCGCUUCCGUCUUCAACAUCGUCCUCAUCAGCUACGACCGUUUCCUCUCUGUCACCAGAGCGGUGUCGUAUCGGGCGAGGCAAGGGAUGACCCGCAGUGCCUUAGCCAAAAUGGCUGCCGUGUGGGUUCUGGCUUUCCUCUUGUAUGGCCCGGCCAUCUUACUGUGGGAAGCGGUAACGGGAGAGAGCCAUGUCCCUGAAGAUGAGUGCUUUGCUGAGUUCUUCCACACUUGGUACUUCCUGCUGUCUGCCUCCACACUCGAGUUCUUUUUCCCCUUCCUCUCUGUGGCUUUCUUCAACCUCAGCAUAUACCUCAGCAUCCGUGAGAGGAGACUCCGCUACCAGCAAGACUCGUGCUUGCCCAAGAUCCGUGGCAUGACAUCCCCCAAGCGAGAGAGGCUUCGCUUGGUCUCCUACAUCUGCCGCGGCUCUCUCGUGACGAAGAAGACGAAGGCGGAAACAGAAAGUGAUAACUGUUCGUCUCCUGCAGGACGCCCUGACACACGGAGUAUACGAAGCACUCAAUGUACACGCCUGAUUCAGGACAAGAAGAUCGCAAAGUCUUUAGCAGUGAUUGUGUGUGUGUUUGCUGUGUGCUGGGCGCCGUACACACUGCUGAUGAUCAUACGCGCUGCCUGCAGGGGACACUGUGUUUCGCACCACUGGUACGAAGUGACAUUUUGGCUGCUGUGGCUCAACUCUGCCAUCAACCCUUUCCUGUAUCCUCUGUGCCACAGCAGCUUCCGCAGAGCUUUUGCAAAGAUCCUGUGCCCCAAGCAACGGACCACUGAAGCACCAUCAGAUAAUGCGUCCAACAACCAGAGAUAGUCUAGUUUGCUCCAAUAGUUUUGUGACAGACUAUUCAUAUUUGGUAACUUAUUAGGGUUUGGGUGGACCUUAUCCACUCUCUUACACCUAGGGCAGUAGUGAAUGGUCAACGAUAAAGGGUUACUCUGGGUUACUGAUCAGAAGGUCAGGAUUUCAAGCCCCAGCACUGCCAAGCUGCCCCUGUUGUCACUUGAGCAAAGCCCUUAACCCUCUCUGCCCCAGGGGCAUCGUAUCAAGGCUGACCCUGUGCUCAGACCCCAGCUUCCUAAGCUGAGAUAUGUGAAGAAAAGAAUUUCCCUGAGCUGUAAUGUGAUGUAUAUGUGACAAAUAAAGGCUUCUUCUUCUUUUAAUCCACUUUCUGGCAUGUUUUUGCUCGGAGAGGAAACUGGACAACUCAGAAGGAACCCACAGAGAACCCAAACCUCGGAACCUUGAAAGGACCAACUCUACCCGUUUCUUCUACAGCAAACCUAAAAACCCAUUCAUUAAACACAGAAACACUGCAACAGUAACCAGAUUCAAUUAUACAAUAUAAAAUCACAGACAUCCGGUACAUUUUACCAGAUUUUAAACCAUGGAGAGUUUCUACUUUUAAACAGCUGACAAUGAUAAUCAGCUAAACUUUUGCAUGACUUUUACAUGAAUCUCAAUCAUCUUACAGUUCUAAGGCAUUUCAAACUACAUUUCUUACAGGAUAUGACAUUACAACAUGGGAUGACCAAAUGUGCAGCCUUGCUUUUUGCUUCAGAUCAGUGACUGAGGUUAAUUUGUAACACAAAUUGAAUUAUUCUGAUCUCACCAGGUCAUGUGAUGUCAAAUUCCCAGAAUUAAAUUCUACACUGUGGAUUUCUCUGGCUCUCAUAAAAACAAAUCCCUGAAGACUUACUGCAACUGCACUUUAUUCAGGUAUAAACUGUUGCUGAUUAAAAACACAUGACACUCAUUCUCUUUUCAGUUUUUUGGACACAUGGUCUUCUCCAAAAAAACAACACAAAAAAAAGAAUAGGAAAAAAAGCAAUUAUUAUAUUAUUAGUAUUGUUUUCUUUUUGGGAAUAAUUAAUAAAUUUGGUGGCCCAGAAGUGCAAAACACAUUAAGAAACUCAAAACGCUAGAGCAAAUUUAGAAACACAACAACAUUACACCAGAACAGAAAGUCUAGGUCCUUAAUGCAAUGCACAGAUCCUUUCCUGAUUGGAUGUGGCGUAUGAUUAUCACAAAGAAAACGAAUUUACAAUUUGUUUACUAGCUAAAAAAAUACGAAAUGUGAAGUUUGAUCUUUCAUUAAUAUCAUAUGAAAACUCUGGAGUAAAAAAAAAUAAACAUGAAUAAAAGCAGCAGUCGAUUUAUUUAGGCUGUAAACGUCAUCCCGCUUUUAGUUUUCUACCGUUUCUCAGAUUGACACAUGCCGUAGCCAAUCAGCAACAAGGCUGUGAUGUUCAGUGAGGACCUCUCCUUUCUGUUUACAGUUAUUUUUGAAGUGUUCCUGAAUUUAAUGCCAUUUUUGUGGCUUGUUGUUGUGGUGUCAGCUUAGUUGUGUUUUUGUUUGUCUCUUCUGAGUUGUGACUGUGUGUGUUUAUGUUUUCUGAGUUGUGACUGUGUGUGUUUAUGUUUUCUGAGUUGUGACUGUGUGUGUUUAUGUUUUCUGAGUUGUGACUGUGUGUGUGUUUAUGUUUUCUGAGUUGUGACUGUGUGUGUUUAUGUUUUCUGAGUUGUGACUGUGUGUGUGUUUAUGUUUUCUGAGUUGUGACUGUGUGUGUUUAUGUUUUCUGAGUUGUGACUGUGUGUGUUUAUGUUUUCUGAGUUGUGACUGUGUAUGUUUGUUGUGUUUUAAGAUUUGUUGUUGUUUUUUGUGGUUAUUGUUGCAUUUUGUCAUUUACUGCUGUAUGUUUAGUUUUGUUAUGUUUUCUCUUUGAUUUGCUGUUUUGUUUUGAUUAACUGCUGUGUUUCUGAGUUUGCUAAUGUGUUAAUAAAAUGUUUUGUCUCCCGAUUUGCCUUUUUUUGCUGUGUUUCUGAGUUU